AAUGUAAAUGAUAGUCGGUGUGCUCAAAUGAGCAUUGAUACGCCGCCGUAUUACCAUAUUCAUUUGUGUGAAGACGGCGCGCGGCGACCUGACGCAGACUUUAGCGCGACCUCACUCCGCUACGCACCUUUUUCCAUGUUUUCGCAACUUUAAUACGACUUAUUUCUCAGUACUACUGAGUGCGUAAUCAUAUUUUGAUGGGAACAGUGCGUUAUCAAGUGAUGUUUUAUAAUUUCUGUUGAUUAUGAACAGUACGUCAUAGGUCAGCCCACAUAUCUUAUCAUCUCUUUAAAUGUUUGUGCUUAAGUCCGUUGAAGUCAGUUAAAGCCAAGCAAUUAAUCGACAGACUGAUUGAGCAGUGUUUAAUUAUUUAUUUAAGUAUUUUUGUAACAAAAAUAACUGCAGUAUUUUAAAUUUAGUUUUCUAGUGGUGUUAUAGUGUUUACAUAUUGUUUAAAAAAAUUAAGUAUGCCUAUCCGUCGUAGUCAGUUGUUGGUGAAAUGGAUUUUCGAGAACCAGCACAAGUUGCGGACGGUGAGGCGCUGCAGCUCCUCACUGCGGUACAAGGAGCUGGAGGAGGCCGCCGUGGCCGCGCCCGAGUACGCGGCGCCCGAGCACGACGAGCCCUGCCCUCACGGAGAGCCUGAACAAUAUUUCAAGUAUGAAGAUUUACACGUGAAAUUAGCGGCGCCGUACCAGCUGCAGCCCAAACCAGACGCUAAAGACCUCGGUUUCGGGAAGUACUUCACGGAUCACAUGCUCAAAAUCAAUUACCAAGUGCAACUGGGCGGUUGGCAGAAACCAGAGAUCAUUCCCUUCGAGAACCUAAGCAUACAUCCUGCUGCGAAGGCUCUUCACUACGCAAUACAAUUGUUUGAAGGGAUGAAAGCUUACCGUGGCGUAGAUGACAAAAUCCGGUUGUUCCGGCCUGAUCUCAACAUGAAGAGGAUGAACCUGGCCGCGCACCGCUCCGGCCUGCCGAUAUUCAACGGAGAGGAACUCAUCAAAUGCAUGAAAAGACUCAUACAAAUUGACCAAGAGUGGGUGCCGCAUUCUGAAUCCUCCACUCUAUAUAUUCGACCAACGCUUAUAGCAACAGAGGCGACGUUUGGCGUGAUGGCGCCCGAGUCGGCGCUGCUGUUCGUCGUGCUGAGCCCGGUGAGCGCGUACUACAAGACGAGCACCGACGGCGCCGUGUCCAUCUUCGCGGACCCCAACGUGGUGCGCGCCUUCCCCGGCGGCGUCGGCAACAGGAAGGUGGGCUCCAACUACGGACCCACGAUAGAGGCCACGACGCGCGCCGCGCAGCUCGGCCACCACCAGGUCUUGUGGCUGUUCGGACCCGACCACCAGCUCACCGAGGUCGGCGCCAUGAACAUCUUCAUGGUCUACAUCAACGAGAAUGGAGACAAGCAGCUAAGCACGCCGCCCCUGAACGGGCUGAUCCUGCCGGGCAUCACGCGGCGCUCCAUCCUCGAGCUGGCCAGCCAGUGGGAGGACCUGGUCGUCAAGGAGGAGGUCAUCACCAUGGACCGAGUCAUCACUCUCAACAAACAGGGACGGCUACUGGAGAUGUUCGGCGCGGGCACGGCAGCGGUGAUCAGCCCGGUCAGCCGGAUCGGCUUCCUCGAGAACAACAUCCACAUCCCCACCAUGCAGCAGUCCCAGCCCGUGUUCCAGCGGCUAAAGGACACCCUCCUGGCCAUCCAGUACGGACACAUAGACCACCCCUACUCGGUCAUCAUCUCAUAGUGACGUGAAGUGAACUUAUAACUAAGUUAAAAGACAUUGAACUUUACAAAUGACUGUUUAACGGCUCAAACAGGGUCAAAGUGUUAGUUUAAGGAAAUCGCGGCAGGUACCGUCAAGUGAUUUGAACUUUAUAACAGUUAAAUCGCUUUUGUUCGGAGUUUUAAGCCCGAUUUAGACGAUGCGAGAACUCGCAGUUUCAUACCAUUGCGGGUUUUGAUCGGUCGGUUGAAUUGGAUGUAACCAACAGUCCGCAAUGUAACUAAAAUCGCAUGCGAGUUCGCGCGCCGUCUAAAUCUGCCCUAAAAGUAGCUGACUUGUAUAGACUCGUGCCGCCAAAUGUACAUUACAAUACAAUGUACACUAUUUUUCAAUGGAAUUUGAACCGUUCUUAUAUCCACGUAAAGCCCUAUGUGAAUUUAGAUGUACAGUCGACGUCAAAAAUAUGUUUACACUUUUGCACUUUACUCGUUUGUAAUAAGGCAAAAAGUGUAAAGUUAUCUUUGACGUCGACUAUACACUCCGUUUCAUUCUAAUUAGAACCUUUCAUAACCCAAAUAAAGUGGCAUUUCUUUUGUUUCAUUGCAUUCUUAAACAAAAUUCAUCCCAAUGAACUAUACAACAAGGUUUAAAUUAAAAAUAGGAACAGGUUAAAGCAUACAAAUUUAGGGCCAGUUGCACCAACCACAUUUGACAUACUGAUCAACGUCAGCCGGCGCGCCCCGGCGCCUUACUAUGAAACUUGCCAUACAUAAAAAUUUAGCGAACUCUUUUACGAUACGAACAGUUUGGUGCAACCGACCCUAAGAUUCCUUCUGUCACAUUGAAUUUUCGGACAAAUGAUAUUUUAACUCAAUUACAAUUGAACUAGAUUCAAAUUUCCUUAAUAAAAUAUUGCAUGGUUGGCGGCACGUGGAUAGUGGCGAGACUGGACUUUAAAAAAGGCGUUAUUCAUGAUGCCCUACAAGCCUCAAUUAGCUAUUAUGUAAUAGUUUUUCUUAAUCUGUCAUUUCGACUUAUGUAUUUGUAAGAAAGGGAUAAAACAUGAAUUAACUAAUUGAAGCUUGUUAAGUUUUAUGAAUAAGGGGCUCAGAGUGUAUUAUUGUAGGGCAAUUAUUGGCUCGUAUCAAUUCCAGAGCACUCUGCCGAUAGACCCGUCUCAAAGCUUUUACUCGUUACGUGUAUACGCGUUACGUUUAUACUGUAAGCAAACUUUGAGACACUCUGCGAAACGCGUUGUGUGAAAGAUUUUUCUGCAAUCUCUAGAUUUUAUAUAUAGAAUGCGAUUAGUAUUUUUGUAUAAUAUAUUGUUUAAUAGGUAAUAACGUUAAAUAAUUGUAAGGUAUUGUAUUUAAUAUAAAUUAAUUUUUAAUGAGCGCAAUCAGUGAUUGUGUUCUCAUAAACUUUAUUGUAGUAAAACAACUAUGCCGAGACGAUUUGUGUUUCGAGUGCAAGUUCAAAUACGAAACGAGUGCAGUUGAGUUUAUUGAAGACUUGUGUGGACAAUUCUUUACGGGAUAGAAAAGCGUGACCCAAACUCCAUUUUUAUAUCACAGAACAUAACCGCCAUAUAUGAAAUUAAAUUUCCCAAUCUAUUCUACAUACUUAUAUAGUAACCUAACUGUCAGGUUUUAUAAAAACGUGAUAGAUUGGGCAGACUGGGUUAUAAAAAUGGAGCUUAGAUUUAGCUUCAGUUGUACUUUUUAUUGUAUACUAAAUUAAUGUACAUACAAGGACUAACAAGUACAUACUUGUAAGCUAGAGACGCGCACCGGAAGUCACUCAGACGGUCUAGCAUGAGUUGCGUUCUCGCGCGCGACUCCAUACAUCAAGCGCGACUUCAAGUAUGGACUUGCGCGCGAAAACGCAACUUAUACUGGACCGCCAUUUGACAACUUUUAAAUGUUAGAACAUUUUAUUGUAUUUUCUAGUCUACUUCACGAGAAUCUGUACGAGUUUGUUAAAUAUUUAUAAAUAUACGUUUUU